AUGUACUCAAGUAGUAACUUAAGUAGCUCUGAAGUUACAAGAUUACGUUAAAAUUAUAGUUUAAGUGGGUUUGAUUUACUUGAGAGAAUAAACAAAAUGAACCAUGAUGAACUUAUUAACACCGUUAUCGAAAUAAUAAAGAUGAAUCCUCCUUCAAAAAGAAAAAUUUCUGAUAUAAUUUGCAUCAAACAUGCAGUAAAAGAUAUGCCCUUUUUUUAGCAACUUAUUGAAGAAAAAGGAAGUGAUUCAACUAAAUAGUUUUUCAAAAAUAUGCUUUAUAGCUUCUUUAAAAAAGAUGAAAUACUCUUUAACUAAGGUGAUAUAGUUGAUAGAUUUUAUGUACUGCUUAGCGGGAAGGUAAGCACAAUCGUCAAUCAUACUGAAACAUAGAUAAACUCAAAGGGUGAAUAAUAAUAAAUAAUUGUUACAGAAGAAAUUAAUACAAUUGAAUGUGGACAUAGCAUUGGAGAUAUUGCUUUAUUGAGAGAUCAAAAAAAAAAUUCUGGGAUAAUUUGUAAGGAAGAUUCGCAUUUUUUAGUUCUUGAAAAAGAAGACUUUAAUAAAAUCAUAGCUGAUAUGGAAGAGAGAGAAGUUCAAAAUAAAAUUAACUUUCUGAAGUCUUUAAAGAUUUUCGAAUUAUUCUCUAGAAGAUAACUUGAAACUUCGAUGAUCUAUUUAAAUAAAUUAAAAGUGAAUAAAGGAUUUUUGCUGUGUGAAGAGGAUAAAAUAAGUCCUUACAUUUAUAUUAUUAUAAAUGGAGAAUUCAAAGUUAGCAAGUCUAUAAAUUUUGAAAGAUAACCUAAUCCUUUUUCAAAAGAAAAAUUAGCUUAGAAAGACUAAAUUGAAGAAAUGAAAGAAAGAAAAGUAAAAAAAGCUUUAGAAAUAGCUACAUUGUCAGAAGGCGAAAUAUGUUGUGAUAUUGAUGCAUUAGAUGAUAAACCAUAAUUAUUUACAAUAGAAUGUACAAGCUAGAAAGCAUAAAUAUUUCAGAUAAAAACAUAAGUAACUUCUAAAUAGAUUUUAAAAUUAAUUUGA